AUGCCAGCCGCUUCCAAGCGCCCUGCGGCCAAUGUGGAUGACGCCGCACAGCCGAGGAAGAAGCCGGCAGCGAUGCCGAGCGUGAAUGAAACCCUGCGCAAGCUCAAGGGUGCCACGGCUUCUCCUGAGGAGGAGGACCAUGACAGUGAAGCUGGCACCAUGGUUUUGGCCAAGCGCGACAAAGGGAAAGGUGAAAAAUUUGCUCGGAUGCGUGCAGCUGGGCAGAUCCCCCAGCAUAUACUCCACCUAUACGACGAGACCGCGAAGUCGAGUCCUUCGCCCAGAGAUUUUCGCACCAACGUCAUCAACCAGUUGUUCAAUAAGUCUGACAGUGGAGUCUUCUCGAUGAACACUGGCGCCAAGCUCUUCACGGAGGCGUACAAAGUCUACCAACAGAAGCACGCCAGGGACGAACAAGAGGCGAU